AUGAUUUCACUAAGUACUACAAUUAUUUGUAGAGUUGCUUUUGGUAUUAGGUUUGAUGAAGAAGCACAUGAAAAGAGGAAAUUUGAUGAACUUUUAGAAGAAUCUGCAACAAUGUUGACUAGCUUUUAUGAUUCUUUUCUUUAUUUAGAUUGGAUUGAUAAAUUCAUUGGAUUGACAAAUAGACUUGUGAAGAAUUUCAAGAAGUAUGAUGAGUUUUAUGAAGAACUCAUUGAGAAGCAUCUCGAUCCCAAUAGUCCAAAAUCCAUAGAAGGGGACAUUCUUGAUCUUUUGCUCCAAUUGAAGAAAGAUAAAUUAACACCAAUUGAUCUCACUUUUGAGGACAUAAAAGCAACUGUCAUGAAUGUAUUACUUGCAGAAUCAUAUACUAGUGCUGCUGCAUUACUAUGGACAGUGACAGCCUUCAUGAAGAAUCCAAAAGCUAUGAAAACAGUUCAAGAAGAAAUCAGAAAAUCAGUAAAGAAAGGCGGUAUUUUGAAUGAAUAUGAAAUCCAAAAUCUUCCCUAUUUCUAUUCCUCCAUAUCGGAUGGCUCCUAUAGAACUCAAAGAGAUCAAUGCUCAGUUUCAGGAUCUCUUAGCACUCUUGGGCUCGUUGUGUCCAAGGAUAGUAUCAUUGUAGAUCCGGAGAAUAUUGAGGCUAUUCGCGAUUGUUCUAAGCCCACAUUGAUUACUGUGGUUCAAAGUUUCAUCGAAUUGUGGUAUGAAGAGUGUGAGAUGAGCUAUAGGAAGCUCAAGGAGUUUUUGACCACUACUCCCAUAUUAACUCUUCCAUUUCAGAACGAGGGUUCCACGAUAUAUUGUGAUGCAUUUGGCAUUUUUUUGGGUUGUAUAUUUAAGCAGCAGGGCUGGGUUAUUGUUAAUACAAUAACGCAACUUAAGUUGACUGAGUGA